AAACCAGCUAUUUGUUUUGCUUAGCAUAACAUAUGCAAGCUGCUUUCACUAGCCUUUUAAUGGCUAUCCUCGUAGCAUGUCUAGUCUUUUACAUAAUUUUGUCUGUAACUAACACUGUCACCGGUCGUAUUCUGAGGCUUAAUACUUUGGAUGAUUUAAUCUCUGAUGGGGUUGAUGCUGAUGCAAUUCAAGCUCCAUUUUUUAACCCCGGGAGGUCUCCUAAUACAAAAUGUGUGCACAGUUAUGGCUUCUUCCCAUGUGCAGACAACAUAGGGGGCUAUAUUUUUGAGAUAGUCGUCUAUCAGUACUUGGUUAUUAUUGGAGGAAAGCUAAUCGGCCGAGGGAGCAAGAGACUCUUCAACAUCUUAGGUACUGGUGUAUAUGGCGCUACUGUUUUUCGUAUACUCACAGUGUUGCCAAAGAUAGCUAUGGUAAUUGUAUCUGGAAUUCUCAAGAGUAAAGAGGGUGCUCAAGAGUCUGUUUCAUUCGGGGUAGGCGUGUAUGCCGGAUCUACAGUCUUCAAUCUCACAUUAGUAUGGGGAAUGUGUGUGAUAAUUGGCAGAAAGGAGUUUCUUGUGAAGUCUGGUGAUGCCUAUCAUCAUUCCUCAUUCAAGGAAAAACUAUCAGAAUUAAAAGGUACAGGGACAACAAUAGACAAAAAGACAUGUUACACAGCUGGAAUCAUGCUUCUGUCUUUGAUCCCUUACUUCAUAGUGCAAGCGGCCAAUAUCUUCGACUCAUCAUUUGGAACGCGAAUGGUGAUCUUGAUCGCUCUCGUGGUCUCAACGCUGAUGCUACUGUCAUACUUCUUGUACCAGAUUUUCGAUCCUUGGAUUCAGGAAAGGAGUUUGGAGUAUUCCAAGUAUGAGAAUCUGCUUGUCGGAUUUCUGCAGCACGUGCAGAGGCACGCCAAGGAGAAGCUCGUUGAUGACAGUGGCCAACCUAACAUUACAGUUAUCAAAGGGCUGUUCAGUGAGACUGACAAAGAUGCUGAUAAAAGCAUAACAUUUCAUGAAUUGGAAAAACUGAUUCACGAGAUUCAGUCCGGGAAAGUAGAGGUGGAGAAAGGCUAUGCUAUUUCAGAAAUGUUGAAAACAUUUGAUCUCAACAGAGAUGGAAGGAUUGAAGAAGACGAGUUCGUAGAGGGAUGCUCAAAAUGGAUCAAUGAAGCUGCGGAGCUAGCUGGAAAGGGUGACUCUGAUGCAGCAGAAUUGUUGCGAGAGGUUGUUGAACCAGUUUGCAAGAAGAAAAGAUUUGAAAAGGCUGAAAUUGAGCAUCUAAUGGCAAGAAUAAUGAAGCAUGCACAUAGUGAAGAGCUUGAAGCAGAACAGCUUGUAACAUAUGACGGAAAGCCUAAUAUGGAACGAAUCAAAGCUCUGUUCAAGCAAUUCGAUACAGACAGAAGCAACUCGCUGUCGCGGCCAGAGCUGGAGCAGUUGAUCCACACUACAGUCGCAAAAACUGGAGAUUCUCAACUGCAGCAUGAAGAAAUGGUGAAGAAGUUUGUGAAAGAUUUCGAUAUGGAUGGUGAUGACAUUGUUGACGAGCAAGAAUUCGUUCAUGGCAUGACUAAAUGGCUUAACAAAGCCAUGGACGUCACGAAAUGCAAAGAUGCAAAGAGAUCAAUUGAUGAAUUUGACAAGAUUAUGUGGGGAGAAGUUGACGAUCUAGUGUAUGAAGUUGGUCGGAACGAGGACAGCCAUUUGAAGCUAUUGACAUGGAGUUCCACAAAAGCCAUAUUUCAAGUGAUGUUAGGCAUUGCUAUACUGACCUUUCUCUCCGGACCUCUGAAGACCAGCAUCCAACACUUCUCACAUGCCAUCGGCGUGCCUGCCUUCUUCGUCUCCUUCGUUGUUGUCCCCAUAUGCUUGAAUGCACUCUCAGCAAUAUCAGCAAUAUUCCCAGCAAGCCAGAAGAGCUCAAGAACCUCUUCUCUGACAUUCUCAGAGAUAUAUGGUGGAGUGGUGAUGAACAACAUCAUGGGAUUGUCAACACUUUUAGCAAUUGUGUACAUAAAGGGAUUGGAAUGGGAUUACUCAGCUGAGGUGCUGACAGUUUUGUUGGUGUGUGCAGUAAUUGGAGUUCUUGCAUGUUCACAGACUACAUAUCCAUUGUGGACAUGCCUCUUGGCCUUUUUCCUCUACCCAUUCUCCUUGCUAAUGUAUUAUGUUUUCCAGUAUGUGUUAGGCUGGAAUUAAAGCAGUUUUCCUAUUUGUGUAAUUUUACUAUGUGAAACAUGGUUAACAAACUAUGUUCGGAAUAAAAGAAGUAUCAUUGAUGAUUAUAAA